GUGGAUGGAGAGUUGGAAGCAGAGAGGAGAAUUGCAGCUGUGUGAGGCUGAAUUGCCACUGUGUGGAACCGAGCUUAGAGCUGAGGAUGUUUCUGUGCAAUGCUGCCAGGCGAUCUUAAAUCCAGUGCAUAGAGAUGGACAAAGAAGCGCUGCAGUUGCAAAGCUUCACACUGGAUAGUUAACUCAUCUCAAUCAUUUUUCCCUGAGAAUAAAAAGCAAGUGAGCGUGAUUAAAGGCAUCUGUCUCUCUGAAAGCAUGGCUAUUCUGGAUACAUUUUGUUCUUAGCAACAGAGAGAAUAAGCAAAGCUGAGGCUGAAGAUGGUUUGGAAUUAACCUGCACAAGUGUGCCCUUCCAGCCCAAUUGCAGUGCCUGCUGAAUUACCACCUUGUACAUUUGGCCGAUGAAAGAAGAAACAAAGGACAUUCAAGACUGUGAUCAAUAUAAAGAUGUUUGUUUUACUGGCAACUUAAUGACAAGAGUCUGGAUUCAUGCUUGGAUAGACCUUUUAGAGUCUGUUCUCCCAAAUCAGAACUCAUGAGCAACUAACAAAUACCCUAUCAGUGCCACAGCAUAUGGAUUUCCGGAACACAUGUGAUGAGGCAAAGACAGGAAUUUGUUUGCUGCAAGAUGGUAAUCAAGAACCUUUUAAAGUUCGACUCCACUUAGCCAAAGAUAUUCUGAUGAUUCAGGAACAAGAUGUGAUCUGUGUGUCUGGGGAACCUUUCUAUUCUGGUGAAAGAACUGUUGCAAUCAGAAGGCAAACUGUGGGAGGAUUUGGACUAAGCAUAAAGGGAGGAUCAGAACAUAAUAUUCCGGUUGUUAUUUCCAAGAUAUCCAAAGAGCAAAGAGCUGAACUCUCUGGUCUUCUUUUCAUAGGAGAUGCAAUCCUGCAGAUCAAUGGCAUUAAUGUGAGGAAGUGCAAGCAUGAAGAAGUGGUGCAAGUCUUAAGAAAUGCUGGGGAAGAAGUUACGCUGACAGUCUCAUUUCUCAAAAGAUCACCAGCAUUCCUAAAAUUACCAUUAAACGAAGAUUGCUCUUGUGUACCUUGCGACCAAAGCAGUGGCACAUCCUCUCCUCUCUGUGACAGUGGGUUACAUCUUAACUAUCAUCCCAACAACACGGAUAGUUUAUCAUGUUCAUCAUGGCCAACUUCACCAGGUCUGAGAUGGGAAAAGAGAUGGUGUGAUUUACGGUUAAUUCCUCUUCUUCAUUCAAGACUAUCACAACAUAUAACAGGAACAGACCUGUGCAGGCAAAAUGCUUUUCAGGUCACUGCUGUUGAUGGGGUUGGAAGUGGAAUAAUACAAUGUUUAUUGUCUGAAGAGUGCAUUGAUUGGCUGCAAUCUAUUUCUGCAAACAUAUCAAACCUCACAAAGCACAAUAUUAAAAAGAUCAACAGGAACUUUCCUGUAAAUCAACAGAUAGUGUUUAUGGGCUGGGUAGAAGAACGAGAGCAGGAUACUCUCAAAGAUUAUGUAUAUUCACCAAAGUUUCUGGCAUUAAGAGGGUCUUCACUCUACAAAUUCAAUUCCCCUCCUGUUACUACAUGGGAUUGGAUGCGACCAGAAAAAAAGUUUACAGUAUGUGAAAUUAUGUUCAAAAUAUUUAAGGACAGUGAUCUUCUGGACCGCCGGAAACAUUGCUUUGGUGUACAGUCAGAAACUGGGGAAGAUCUCUACUUUUCUAUGGAAUUAGAAAGUGACCUAUUGCACUGGGAGAAGGCCUUCCAGACAGCAACCUUUUUAGAAGUAGAACGGAUUCAGUGCAAAACCUAUGCUUGUGUAAUUGAAAGCCAUUUGAUGGGUCUUACCAUUGAUUUUGGAAUGGGAUUUAUCUGCUUUGAUGCUGCAACAAAGGCUAUUCUGUGGAAAUACAAGUUCUCUCAACUUAAAGGUUCUUCAGAUGAUGGAAAAAGUAAAAUCAAAUUUUUAUUCCAGAACCAAGAUACAAAACAAAUUGAAGCAAAGGAGCUGGAGUUCUCCAAUCUCUUUGCGGUUCUUCACUGUAUACAUUCAUUUUUUGCUGCUAAAGUUGCUUGUCUGGACCCUCGUUUUGUGGACAGUCAGGGAGCCGCCUCUGCUGCUGUAAUAACUACAUCUUGUGCCACAGCAGGCAUUUGUAAAAUGAAGUAUUCCACCUAAUGUUUUCAAAGACUAUACACCAAGAUGACAUAAACUUCAUAAACUGUUAAUCCCUAUUUAUUGGAUAUACGCAGCCCGCAACAGUGUUAGCCAGAGGGUGCUCUCAAUGAACCUCAAAAUGCUAAACUUUUUAAAGCAGGAAAAUAGUCAUGUGGAUUCAAAGUAUCACCAAUUGUAUAUUCCUGAAAUAUUAAUUUUAUAGGUAUAACUGUGAACUGGGACAACCGUGAAAGCACUUUUAAUAUGAUCUGUGUUUUAAUGUUAGUACUCUAACUUAUGAAUUCAUAAAAUGGAACAACAUGAACUCAGCAAUUGUUUUAUGCUGCUGGAUAUUUUUCAAAGAUAAAUACUUUGAAUCUCUAUCAGGCUGAUAAAAUAGUUUUUCUGUUACAAACAGUGAAGAAGAAAACCUUAGCUAUUUGAAGGGUCUCCUAGUUAAAGAAGAACUAAAGCUUAACUAAAGAAGUAGGCCAGAAAUGUAUAUUUUGUUUUGGGCUUCUGUAUGUACU